GCUCCCUCCUGCAGCAUGUUAGGUUUCCGUCUACUGAUUGCCGCCGCUCUGGCGGUAUACGGUUGUGUCGCCCAGAACACCUCGUUGGAUUUCCCUGAGGACUUCAUGUUCGGUGUCGCUACCGCGGCCUACCAGAUCGAAGGCGCGUGGAACGUAAGCGGCAAGCGGGAGAGUAUAUGGGAUGACUUUACACACGAACACCCGGACUGGAUCGCAGACGGCUCAAAUGGAGACGUCGCCUGCGACUCCUACCAUAAGCUGGAUGUCGACCUCGAAAUGCUCCAGGACCUUGGGGUCGACUUCUACCGAUUCUCCUUCGCAUGGAGCAGAAUCCUUCCCGAGGGCCACACUGAUCAGAUCAAUCCGGACGGCAUCAGCUACUACAACAGACUAAUAGACGGUUUGUUAGCAGCUGGGAUACAGCCAGUGGCCACCAUGUAUCACUGGGAUCUGCCUUCGCCACUGCAGGACCUUGGUGGGUGGCCCAACAAUUUCACUGCUGACUUUUUCGUGCAGUACGCCCGAGUGCUCUUCGAGAAUUUCGGCGACAGGGUGAAGUGGUGGAUCACGUUCAACGAACCGAAAGAGGUGACCCGCGGCUACGGUGAGGACGACAAGGCACCGCGCAUCAACACCCACGGCAUCGGCGAGUACCUGUCGGCGCACACCAUCCUGCUGGCGCACGCCAGGACCUACCACAUGUACGAUGAGGAGUUCCGUGCCACGCAACAAGGAAGGGUCAGCAUAACGCUGAACCAAGACUUUUGCAUACCGAAGAACGAUUCAGAGGAGAAUAAAGACGCUGCCGACAGAUGCAAUCAGUUCGAACUCGGCUGGUUCGCGCACCCCAUCUACUCGCAGGAGGGCGACUACCCUGAAGUGAUGCGGACGCGCAUCGAUGAGAACAGCGCUGCUGAGGGUCGGCCCUUCUCCAGGCUGCCGUAUUUCACCUCAGCGCAGGUUGAAUACAUCAAGGGAACGUUCGACUUCUUCGGGCUGAACCACUACUCGACGAGGCUCGCGGAGGACGGGCUGACGGGUGAGGAUCCCUCCAGGGUGCGAGACGGCGGCUACGUCACGUCUUUCGACCCCUCGUGGCCGACGAGCGCUUCCGACUGGCUUGUUGUUUAUCCAGAGGGAAUACGACGCAUCGUGAACUGGAUCAACGCCACGUAUGGCGACGUCCCCAUACUCAUUACCGAGAGCGGUUUCUCCGACCUCGGCGAAUUGAACGACACCGGCCGCCAGAACUACUACAGGGAGUACUUGAGGCAGCUGUCCCUGGCCAUCAACGAAGAUGGGAUCAACGUGAUUGGCUACACAGCGUGGUCUCUCAUGGAUAACUUCGAGUGGCUAGACGGAUACACAGUGAGAUUUGGGCUGUACUACGUCGACUUCGAAGACGACGACAGGCCGAGAACGCCUAAGGGCUCUGCGGACUUAUACAAGCAGAUCGUAGCCUCGCACCAGUUCCCAGAGGCUGAAUCAACAGCGGCCUGAGAAUGGUGAAACAGAGAGCAGCAUUGCAUUACGUCGGUGGUUGCACACAAUAAAAGUUGUUAAGCAAUAAACUUGCAACACUGUUAUUAAAGAAAACCUUGCUUUGUACAUAUCAUGUCGCUGUUUCAUGUGGAUUGUUACUGUACAAUAAUAAACUCAUAAGGUUUUUUCCCGAUAA